AUGGCGCAUGAGCGGCGAGUCUCGGCAUCGCCGCCGCCGCAACCCCAGCCCUUGUCUAAGAGAGACAAGCGACGCAACAACAUCACCGACAAGCUCUCGGACAUGAUCCAGACCUUUACCCAAGACCAACACCAGCACUACCGCGCUCAACUGCAGGCUAUUCAGGUCGACAUGACCAUGAUUCUGCGAGCAAAUCCUUAUGAGAACAGUCCACUCGACGACUCGGCUGAACACGUCGAGCAAGAAAUCGAAAACGUGACUGGCGGCAGCUUGCCAAAUACAGACGCUUCUGUCAAGGACUACCUUGCUCUGGCCGGCAAGAGAUACCACGAAUACGUCCAGCAGAUCAACCACGCACUGGAGCAGCGCGAUGCUGACCUGACGGCUUUGCAAAAUCGCUACGAAGCCGCAGCCGCCGAACUAGAACGAAGCUCGAGUUACAAGGUCCAGGUUGCGCAACGAGAGCACCUCGAGCUGGCGAGCACAGUUCGCAGUCGCCUGAUCAACAGUGUCACGAAGAAGCGCGACAAGCUCUUGCGUGAAAAAGAGCAGCUUGACAUUGCCGACAACUCUGCCCUUUUCUUCCACCCCAGCCAAUUCACCGUCAACAUUCCCCAAAGUCCAGGCGGCCUUCAGAGCAACCGCAAAACUCGUCACACGCGGCACCGUGUCGGCGAGGCCGAUGUCGAGGGCCAGAGAAAACGCAAGGCUCCGGCCGAUGAAGAAGCCACAGACUCGGCUGCCCCGUCCUUCCGUCCUCUGCAAAACGACAGCAACGGUGCUGCCUCGCCAUUCCAAGAAGCUCGCACGAAGACGCUCUACACACAAUACGAAGCCCCAGCCUUCUCCAUCGACCGCCUGUUUACCGACAAAGAGCUGAGCCAUGCCACCGUUGUCGCUCAACUCGCGACCCACCACUUUUUCCACCAGCCCCAGACCAGCCAGCAGAAUCCCGAUAACCCUCCCUCGCUCGCAUCUGUCGACGGUGCUGCCGAUGCCGUUGUUGGCCCUCCUGCCAUUACCACCGAGAUUGACGACAUUGUCGCAAGCCAAGCCAAUGCCUCGCCACCUCCCACACAAGCGCCAGAGAUGGAGCGCAACAUCUCGCAUCAUGCCACCCGUGGUGCUACGAGAGCCAAUCCGCUGGCCGCACUGUCAGAAGCCGCUGCUCUUACUUCGACCUCUACGAACCCUUUCGUGCCCGUCUUGAUCCCCAUCACAAAGACAGACAAGGGUGCUCCAACUCCACCUGGCGUCAGCGCCGGCGAAGUCGACAGCGAUAUUGCACUCAUGCUUAGAGAGGAUGACGCUCCAACAUCGAACCCCGAACAAGACGAGAACCUCAGCAAUCUCCAACAGAUACGCGAGCGCCUGCUCGAACAAGCCUGCCAAACCACUCAAGGCGUUGCGCCCUUCCGUCUUCCUGUUCUCGAGACCGGCCCAGCAGCCAUCAGUGGUGGUGUCAACAGAAUCCCUCCAUAUGGCUUUGCAGACCCUGAUUCCUUGCGCUUUGCCCUUAGAAAUGGUGCUGGUGUGAGUACGGCUGCUGCUGCUGCUCCGUCGGCACCUGUAGUCAAUGGGAUCAACUCUGCCCUUGCGGCUAUUGCUCCAGCUAGUGUUAUUGGAAAUGCUAUUCCAAUGAGCAGGACGACGAGUUAUGCUGGCAGUGAGGCUGGUGCUGGUGCUGGAAGCGAAGUAGGUGGUGUUGGUAUGCGAAGAGUGAGGAGUAGAUUUGGUUAA